GAGGUAGUAUGUUGACUAGCACUGCCACUCCGUGGGACCCAGCCUAAUGACUACCUACCUUACCUAGGUACCUAACCUAACCUAGGUAUUUUCAGUCCGGCUUCAUAUAAACCACACUCUUUAUAAUUAUCGAAAAAGAAGAAAAAAUAAGAAGAAAACACAUACUGGGAAUAUCACCUUAACUCACAACGAACAUGGAGGGACCAUGGGCUUUCGUGGAAACCACGCUUCCACACAUGCCACUUUUACCAAUUUCUCAGCGCCUGCUAAUCCGAACAGAGCGACUAUUAAUUCGACCAAUGAGGGACGAUGAUCUUCAGGCUUAUCACGAGUUGCGCCUACAGCCAGAAGCAAUGGCCUGUAGUAGACAGGGGAGACCUGACCACGAUAUUGAAGAGACUCGAUCAGCGCUGAACCAAUUUUUAUCGCCACAUAGCGACGAAACAUUUUUGUACGGUGUUUUUCUUCCGUCUACGGGAGAACUAAUUGGAGAAGGAGGUGUUCAUACACUAGAGUCUUCAUCUUGUGGCUGGCCCGAGAUUGGGUACAGAUUCAGGAAAGAGGUUUGGGGCCGGGGGUACGCGACCGAGUUCCUAAGGGCGUUUCUCAAGGCUUGGUGGGAUUUGCCUAGAAACCACACUAAGAUUCGGGUUCAUUCGUCAUCUAUUCAAAAGGGAAGCAAUUCGAAUGCUGUAGAACAGAUCCAUGCCAACACAGACUUGGACAAUAUAGGAAGUCAGAAGGUUUUGGCAAAGCUUGGGUUUAUACAGUUCUCGAAGUACACGGUGGCUGACACACAAGAGGAUAAGCUGGGCGAACCACUGGAAUUAAUCGGUCAUAGGCUCCCUUUUCCGGAAGACGAUAGCGGAAAUCGAGAAUGAUAUUUAUCGUACAUAAGAGGAUAUAUGUUAGGAGACAAGGACUAGGACCAGUCAGGAGACACAAUUGGAAUUCUAGGCCGGAGCUUAUCACCAGUUAGCUACUGGAUAGUGCAUAGAUGGCAUUUUGUUGCUCCUAGUGUUGAAAUAGAGUAGGUAUCUACGGAGUUCUUCAAUGCGUUAUAUACAUUAGCUUUCUACCAGCUGGCUACUUAUCACUCUAUAGGUACCGAACCUACUAGUUCAUAUCAAGGGUUAUC